AUGGAGCUGCAAAAGUUUGAGAUUUCGGACUCAAGACUCGAGCACAAUAAUUGGCAAUUUCCAAAGUUGCUCAAAACUCGACCGUUGAGGAAGCUAGGUGAGGAAGACUUUCUCGUCAAUCACAAGAUUGAUAGAAGUUACGACGACAGCACAGUCCGAUUUAAAUUGCUUGUUGGAAACGCAGUAUCAGCCAAUCUAAAGGACCAGGAUAACCUCCCCUACGACCCCGAAGUUCUCCAAACAAUCAAACAGCAAAAAUGGAUAUCCGAAGAGUAUGAGCAUCUUUGGCGUCGCGAUGAAGGAGGUUCUGCCGCUUUGACUUCGCAUGGGAUUUUGACCUUUCUUCUGCAAACCCCUCGAGAUGGUCGAUCAUUCUGCUCUCUGUCUCUUGUCAAUUGUGAGAGGACAUAUUGCGGCGGUCUACACAUUGCAGACGAGCAGUAUAACUUGAGCUCCCUCUUAUCGAAUCAGCAAUAUCUCAACAAACACCCCAAAGUCCCCAGAGACUUCGCCGUACUUCCAUUCUGCAUCCUUAAGCAGCAUGUAGACGAGACAUUAGUCCACGUCCAGGAUCUAUCCCGACAAGUCACAUCAGCGGAAAAGCGCAUUGCAGAAGGUAUCAUCUCCCUGGAGGAUAACGGGGAUUACAAACUCAUCAACAGACUCAACUUGGAGCAUGUCCGACUCCAACGCCGAUCAGAUUUCCAGCUAGAUCUGGCGUCUAAUCUCCUCAAAUAUCUCGAGGCCUAUCAGCGUUUAUGGGCCGUACUUAUGGAGGGUGGAACUGGGUAUAUUGAUGAUAUGCGCGAGAAGGUUGAACAGCAAUUGCGGUAUUCGCGACAAGUUGAAAAGGAUUUGCAGAUGUUACCACGGCGGAUCGACAAUCAAUCCAAAGCGAUGUUCAACAUAGUCGCGCUCAGAGACAACAAACUCAACAUCCAACUCGCGGAAAGUUCUCGGAAAAUCGCCGAGGAAAGUCGUCUGGACAAUCUCCUCAAUGUCAAAUUGGCAAAAGCCACGGCGCAAAUGGCGGAAGAGACUCGGCAGGACAGUGCCGCGAUGAAAACUAUUGCUGUCCUAACCCUUACUUUCCUCCCUGGCACGGCUGUGGCUUCGUUUUUCGGAAUGGAUGGCAUGUUCAAUUGGAACCCCAAAGUCGGCGAAAGGAUAGCCUCACCAUUCAUCUACAUCUUCUUCGUCGUGACGAUCCCUCUCACGGUGAUAGUUUACACGGCAUGGUGGUGGUGGUUUCGCCGCACAAAACGAGAAUUCCAAAAGCAAUUCGAAGACAGUGAUUUGGCGGGGAUUGAAGAGGAAAUGUUACGUAGGAUGCGGACUACGAAUACUUUCAACGAGAAGUCUCCUCUUCCGACGUUAGCUGGAACAACCACAACUCGUGGUGGUGGUGGUGGUGGUGUUCGAGUUUGA